AUGUAUGUGGGUAGUAUUGAGAGAGCGCCCUGGCGUCGCAUCCCCGGUGGAAGCAAAGAGAGCCCUGGGGAGGGACAAGCCACGCCUUCCAAAAGGGCCCCCGGCACGGCAAGGGCUGCGGGAACGCGGCGACGCAAGCCCGCCGAGUUGCCGAGAUGGAAGAUGGAUGCAGAAGGCUUGAAACGGGUGGCACAAGGCGCGGAAAAGGUGCAGACAGAACCGACAAAACAAACAUCCGGCAAGCCUCACUCAGGGAAGAAGCGGAUGAUGCCGAGCUCCCAUUGCCUAGGGUCGACCAGAUCCAUCUACUGCCCUACAACGGCGCAACGGCCCACCCUUGGCGUGCAUGUGCGUGGUGGUGCCCCCCCGGUGGAAGAAUCAAGGCAAAUGUCAUCGCCGACAUGGAUGCGCUGCAGAGAUACGGCCGGGGAAAAGACGGGAAUGGGAAACCUCAGCCAGCAGGUUGGGAAUUUGGAAUUCCCGUGCAAACAAGAUAGGCCGGGGGGGGGAUGCACGGCGGGUCAAAAGCUCCUUUUGACAUGUAGGAAUCGUCUAGAUAUUGCGUACUGGCCCGUGGAUGGAGGAGGAGCAUGGAGCAUGGAGUAUGGAGCACCUAUGGAGCAUGGAGUACCCAGCACGGAGAAAUCCGCCCUUCUACAUGACCUACUGUAUCUCCCCUGGCUCCUCGAAUCUCGGACCCGGUACGGAGCAGGCAGACCCUAUGUGCAUGUCUGGCAGAGGGAGGUGGAUGCCAGAAGCAGUAACGAGCAGCCAGGAGCAGCACCAGGAGCCAGCAUGAGGCCCCAGGAGCCAGAAAACUGCCCUGGACCCAGAGACACGGAACCCAGAAAAGUUGACCGAUCGCGGGGCGCCCGGCCGUUAGAAGGUUAG